GGACAUAUAGACUCUCCACUUUCAGAUUCGCGGAGGGAAAGAGGUUGAGUGAAGAAGAAAUGGUGGGUGAAGAAGAUAAUGGCGAGUUCCAUACCCAGAAGCAGAAGAAGGGUUCUGAGUACGAACAAUCCAGGGAAGAAAGAAUAAAGGAAAAUCUUGAAAGAAUGAGAAAGCUAGGUAUAUUUGAUCUCUCUCUCAAGUUCAAGUCUAUCAAGCCCAUCAAGGCCAUCAAGACUUGCAAACCCCCACAGCGACUCUCUGUCUCUCCUUUGCCUCCAUCUCAGCCCACUCGCCGCUCCUCCAGGCUGCAAAAUGCUUCACCUGUUAGCUACUCUGAAUUGCCAUUGGGAAAGAGAUCCAAUGUUGAGGGUGAGGAUUUGGUGAAGGAUUUUGGUGGUUCAAAGGCUGAGAUAUAUACAGAAGAGCAUGAGAAGUUGUUGGGUAGCACUGAUAUGAGUUGGGAUCUAUUUGUGGAUGGAUGUGGAACGGAUGGGAAGCGAAUUUAUGAUCCCGUUAAGGGGAAGACUUGUCAUCAAUGCCGGCAGAAAACUAUGGGCCUUCGUACUCAUUGCUGGAAAUGCAACAAGGUCCAGGGACAGUUUUGCGGGGAUUGUUUGUUUAUGAGGUAUGGAGAACAUGUGGUUGAAGCCAACCAGAACCCGGACUGGAUUUGCCCGGUUUGUCGUGGAAUCUGCAACUGCAGCUUGUGUCGACAAGCAAAGGGCUGGGCUCCUACUGGUGCUCUCUACAAGAAGAUUACCGCACUGGGUUACAAGUCAGUUGCACAUUAUCUCAUUCAAACCCGCCAAGCAACGACUGAUCAUCCCGAGAAUAAUUCACCUAAUGACGGGCUUCCUGAAAAGAGAUCCUUACCUUCUUCUGAGGCACGCAAUGAAACUCAAGCGGAAGAGAAAAGAAUGGAUUUUGUAUCAACUGAUGACAACGAAGUAGCCCGAGGUGCUGGCAAAGAGACUGAAUGUAGUGUCCCCCAAGUAUUGCUGAAGGUUUGCUCUGAAAAUGAUGAAACAAAUCCUAAGGUGGAUGAAGGAUCUCGUAUUGUAGUAAAAGUCGAACAUGAUUGUGAAAAUGCAGUUUUGGGUAGUAUUAUGCCACCAGAAACAAGUCUAAAGUCCAAAAGGAAGCGACAGGGAGUCGAGCCAAUCCCCGAUAGCAUUGCUGGAAGGCUAAGAGAAAGGCGUGCUAGAAACAAUUGAUAUCAGUAGUCAGCAUUAGUUGCCCCGACUGGCUUCGAAAUUUUUGUUCAAACCUACAUUGCAUCUCCAGAUGUUGUUUGUGCAUUGUGAUGCUUGGGAGAUGAAGGACAUGAACCUCUGCAAAUUGGAACUUUUUUGACAUUGUAAGAAAUAUUUUUGUUUGCAACAGAAAACUAGCAAAUGAGAUUGUUGCAGCUUUAGGAUAGAUAGAUAUACUAUUAUGCACUUUACACAAUUUUAAACUUGAAUGUGGAUUGUGAAUUUAUGAUUUGUGGGGGGUUUGGAUUUUGGAGUUUUAAUUAAUUGUAGCUCAAAGGCUAA